GUUUCUAUAGAUCAGUAUUGUCGAUACGACUCGGCGAUACCUUUUGGUUACGAUCGUGUUUAUUAUUUCUUGCUUAGAUUUUACCCAGGCUAAUUUAACUUUUCAAUUGUAAAUUAUUAGACAAGCACAAUGACUUGCCCUACGUCUUCGUUACGCCCGGACAUAAAAGUCUAUAAAGAUGAGUGUGUGUACUCUUUUGAUAAUCCGGAUUCAGAAACUGGAUUAUAUGUCAGCCUUACAAGUUUUCUUGGACUAGGUCGUGAUCAUGUUGAACGCUAUUCUAAUCUGACUGGAUACCAUGAUUAUCUCCAUAUUAGGCGAACAAGAAAGAAGAUUCCUUCUGAGCAGCAAGGCGAUGGACCAGAGAAAAAGAUCACAAGGUUGGCCAUUGGUACUGAAGGAGGAUUUACUCCUGAUCAACAGAAGUACACUUAUGAGGAAACUUAUUCACUUGUUACGUUGCCAGAGUUUAUGACAAAACCUUAUCCCAGUGAUAAAAUUCCUAAAGAUGUGGCCAAACUCAUCAAGCAAGUUAUUGAAGCAGAAUCUGCUUUAAAAAUAGCAGAAAGGGAAGCACUUUCUGGAACAUGGGAUGGAGAAGUUAGAAUGAUAUCUAAACACGCAGCUAAUCUCCUACAAUUGGAUAAUGGGAAAAAGAUUCCUCCAAGUGGAUGGAAGUGUGAAAAGUGCGAUCUUACGCAAAAUUUAUGGUUAAAUUUAACUGAUGGCUCCAUACUCUGUGGUCGUAAAUUCUAUGACGGUACUGGUGGUAAUGAUCAUGCUGUAGAACACUAUAGAUCUUCUGGCUAUCCUUUGGCUGUGAAACUUGGGACAAUCACGAAGGAAGGAAAGGGAGAUGUAUUCUCAUAUGAUGAGGAUGACAUGGUUGAGGAUCCUAAUCUUAUUGUGCAUCUGGCACAUUGGGGCAUCAAUAUUACCCAAAUGGAGAAGACUGAUAAAUCAAUGAUCGAAUUGGAAUUAGAUCUCAAUCAAAAAUUUGGAGAAUGGGUGGCUCUACAAGAGGCAGCCAGUAAACUUACUCCAUUAUAUGGACCUGGUUAUACAGGUCUCACCAAUCUGGGAAACUCAUGUUAUCUCAACAGUGUCAUGCAAAUGAUCUUUGUAAUCCCGGACUUCAUAAAGAGAUAUGUGAAUGAAGCACCACAGAUUUUUGAAAAAAGUAUAAAGGAUCCCGUCAAUGAUUUUACUACACAAAUGGCGAAACUUGGCUCAGGUUUACUUUCUGGAAAGUAUUCAGUGUCUCCAGAAGAUGAGAAUGAAGGUCGUCAGGGUAUUGCACCUAGAAUGUUUAAAACCUUAAUUGGUCGUGGCCAUCAAGGUUUUUCAUCAACCCGACAGCAAGAUGCUCAAGAAUUUUUCCUUCAUCUCAUAAACAUACUAAAUAGCAACAAUGCACAGAAGACAAAUCCUGCAGAAUGUUUCAAAUUUAAUGUCGAGGAGAGAUAUCAGUGCACUGGAUCCAACAAAGUCAAGUAUACUCAUAGACCAGAAUACUUAAUACCACUUCCAAUACCUUUAAAGGAAGCAGUGAACAAGGAUGAGGUUGCCGCAUAUGAGGCUAAGAAAAAGGAAGCUGAAUCAAAAGGAGAACGGCUGGAUCCUAGCAGCACAGUCAGGCCACGCAUAAAGCUGUCAUCUUGUCUUGAUACAUUUGCUCAGACAGAAGAUGUCGAACAGUUUUACAGUACAGCAUUAAAUGACAAAGUUACAGCACUCAAAACGACGCGUCUAGCCAGUUUCCCAGACUACCUGUUAAUUCAUUUAAAGAAAUUUACCGUAAAGGACGAUUGGACGCCAAUUAAAUUAGAUGUGGCGGUUGAAAUGCCAGAUUUUCUAGACUUGAAUGCUAUACGUGGUUUUGGUUUGCAACCUGGCGAGGAACUGCUCCCAGAAAGUGCUGAUUCUGCACCUCCACCGCCUGUGUAUAACCAGGAGAUACUCGAUCAGUUAACUGAUAUGGGCUUUCCAGUAGAAGCUUGCAAAAGAUCUUUGUUCUUCACAGAGAAUAAAGGCUUGCAAGCUGCUACCAAUUGGCUUAUGGAACAUAUUGUGGACUCCGAUUUCGCAGAUCCGUUCGUACCACCAGGAACCGAUAACAAACCCAAGAAGAGAAAAUUCGUAUUAGACGAUGGCGCUCUGGAGACGUUGACGUCGAUGGGUUUUGAGAUUAAUCAAGCGAGAAGAGCUCUUAGGAAAACAGAUAACAAUGUAGGCCGUGCAACGGAUUUACUUUUUGCUCCAGCAGAUGAGAUGGGAAUGGAUGAGGAAUCCGCGGAAGAGGAGGAGGCGGAGGAGGAAUCGCAAGAUACGUCGUUCAGAGAUGGCCAUGGCCGUUACAAGCUAAUAGGAUUUAUAUCACAUAUGGGUACUUCAACAAUGGUAGGACAUUACGUUUGCCAUUUGCUAAAGGAAAAUCGCUGGGUUAUUUAUAACGACGAGAAAGUUGCAUUGUCUGAAAAUCCGCCAAAGGAGCUAGGAUACAUAUACAUGUAUCAACGCAUAGAAGAGUAAACUUGAUUUGCCCACUGCCUGUUUGUAUAAAAAAAUAUAUUGUAUUACCAUUUAUCAAUAAAAACUAUUGUCAAAGAUCGUUUU